AUGCUUCGAUCCAAUCUUGUGAGACUAUCGAGCUCCAUAGCUUGCCAGCCAAGAAAGACUGCAACGCAUCAAUUACCCAGGGUCAUCCCUGCGUACACCACAAUGGCAUUCCGGGAAGCAUCCACCAGCAACUACAGUAGAGAUAAGAAGAAGCCUGCAAAGACAGCUGAAUCCGAGGCAGCGCCAGUUGCAGGGCGUCGAUAUGUAGAAGUGGAGUCUCCAUUCGCCAAAGCCAAUCGGUAUACCUAUGCCAUGCCAGAUGAUCCGUACGUAGCAUCCGAAAAGGUAGCCAAGAUCUUGGAGCUUGGAACAGUUGAUGAUGCUGCAGAAUACAUCAGAGCCCUCCCAAUCUACUUGCAAUCACCUGUCGUCUGGAAUCAACUCAUCGGUUAUUGUGCAAAAUACGGUCGAGCCAAUUAUGCAGAGCAAUACUUUUCUCAGAUGAGGAAGCGUGGCCUUGAGCCUAACGAACGUACAUUUACUCACAUGCUGGUAGCUUACGGCAAGAGCUCAUCCCCUCAAGCAAUUCAAUAUGCAGAAGCAUGGUUCAAGAAGAUGAAGGAUUUCGAUAUUAAGCCAGCGCCGAUCCACAUCAACAAUCUGAUGCGAGUGUAUAAUCAUGCGGGACGUCCUGAAAAGACAGUGGAACUAUUAAAGCAAAUUUCUACGAGUGGUGAAAUCUCACCUGAUGCUGUUACUUACUCUAUGGCACUGCAAGCAUGUCCACAAUUACCUUUCCAUGACAAGGCUCGAGAAGUAAAACACAUUUGGAGGGAAAUAUUGCAUCGCAUUGAGAAGAGCCAGCCCAAUCAAGCGCCUUCUUUGUUAUCACAAAAGGCAGCCAACAUCAUCUGGCAAGAAGAUGCAAUUCGUCACAAUAAAACAAGAGAUGCUGAAUUGGAAUUAGACGAUUCUUUGGUGGUGGCCCUCCUGAGUGCCGUAACACGAACUGCAGCAACUGAAAGAGAUGUACUAGUGGGAAUUGAUGUGAUUGAGAAGCUGUAUUCACUGUGCCCUCCAAAAGCAGCUGAAUUUAUGGAGAAGAAUGGCAUUUUGAGUCAAGACCGUCAACCUGGAUUCGGAUUUCAACCAUCUGUCAAAGUACUAGACGCCAUUUUACGAUUCUCAGGUGGUUUGCGAGAGUUUGAAUUAGGAAAGGAAUACUUUGAUCUGGCGUUACAGCAGUUCCCGCGAUUAAAACCAGAUCAGUAUGUAAAAGAUGCCUACGCUUGGAUCGAAAAGCAGUUGAAAAGAGGACGUAAUUAUGAAAACAAACGCAGCAGUAGAAAACCUCGACAAUUCAAUACAAGAUCACCAAAACAACCUUCAGCUUUCAAGCAAUAA